AUGGAUAUCGUCGCAGCUGUGUCGGGUUAUGUCUCCAAGAUGGUCACCUCUGGCGAUCAUGCGUCAGGAGUUUCGUCGUCUAAGAUGAAGAUCCUUCUGCUUGACAGUGAGACAGUUCCAAUUGUCUCGACCGCUAUAACUCAGUCAGCCCUUCUCAAUCAUGAGGUCUAUCUCGUCGACCGCCUCGACAAUGCCUCUCGAGAGAAGAUGCGACACCUACGUUGUAUCUGUUUUGUAAGGCCCUCGCCAGACUCUGUUCAAGGCUUGAUAGAUGAGCUUCGAGAACCAAAAUACGGCGAAUAUUCGAUAUAUUUCAGCAAUGUUAUCAAAAAGUCCACGCUGGAGCGCAUGGCUGAGGCUGAUGGCAAUGAAGUCGUCAAGACUGUACAAGAAUAUUUCGCGGACUAUGUGACUGUGAACCCAGAUCUGUUCUCUCUCGACCUUGGCUUUCCAAAGCAGCGCAUUUGGAGCGGUAGCCCAGACACUUGGAAUACUGACUCCUUGCAGCGGUGCAAGGAAGGCGUCAUCGGCAUUUUACUAUCCUUGAAGAAAAAGCCGCUGAUACGGUACGAGAGGAAUAGCUUGCUGGCGAAGAAGCUAGCAACGGAGAUCCGCUAUACAAUGACACAGGAGGAGCAACUAUUUGACUUUAGGAAGACUGAUACACCCCCAAUACUGCUAGUACUUGACCGCCGAGACGACCCUAUCACGCCUUUGUUGACUCAAUGGACAUAUCAGGCGAUGGUCCAUGAGAUGCUAGGCAUCCACAACGGCAAAGUCGAUCUCAAAGACGUUCCAGACAUAAGGGCUGAGCUGAAAGAGGUCGUCUUAUCCCAAGAUCAAGAUCCUUUUUUCAAGAAGAACAUGUAUCUGAAUUUUGGAGACCUGGGAGGUAAUAUCAAGGAGUACGUCGAGCAGUACCAAUCGAGGACGAAGAGCACAGCCAGCAUCGAGUCUAUCGCAGAUAUGAAACGCUUUGUGGAAGACUUCCCUGAAUUUCGAAAGCUUUCGGGCAAUGUUAGCAAGCAUGUGACCUUAGUGGGUGAGCUGAGCCGACUCGUGGGUGCAGAUGGACUGCUGGAUGUAAGCGAACUCGAGCAGAGCUUGGCCUGCAACGACAAUCAUGGGACGGAUCUCAAGAAUGUUCAACGACUCAUACAAUCGACUCAGAUACCCGCAUCUAACAAGAUCCGUCUUAUUGCAUUGUACGCUAUCCGAUAUGAACGGCAUCCCUCCAAUGCCUUGCCAGUCCUCCUCGAUUUGCUUGAGGCGGCUGCUGGUAUUCCGUCCUGGCGGGUGGAUAUCGUACGUCAGCUUCUUGCCUACCAUCAAUCUCUCCAAGCUGCACCCGCUGCGGGCGGCUUUUCCGACUUGUUCGAGUCCUCAUCGAUAUUCUCCGGCGCGAGAGAUAGAUUCAAAGGACUUAAAGGGGUGGAGAAUGUCUACACGCAGCACUCUGCGCGACUGGAAGCAACGCUGCAGAAUCUAAUCAAAGCGAAAUUGAAAGAGCAACAGUACCCAUUUGUUGAGGGUGGCGGCUCGACACGGGAUAAGCCACAGGACAUCAUCAUCUUCAUGAUCGGGGGCGCAACCUACGAGGAGGCUAAGAUGGUGACACAAGUAAACGCUAGUGUUCCUGGAAUUCGAGUAGUCUUGGGAGGCACGACCAUUCAUAACAGUGCCACUUUCCUCGAAGAGAUCGAGGAUGCUGUUUCAACUUGGCCGGAGGGUCGACCUGCCACAGCGGCGGCAAGGCUGAGACGGGAGGCCGGGCGAUAG